CAUUUUCUUAAAAGCUGUCCCCGUACACGCGACCAGACCCUCCAUCGCCCCCUCGAUCUCACCCACGCUUCGACCUCUUCAAACCUCUCGCCCCAACUACAGCCAAGCCCGUCACAAUGUUCAGACAAGCUAUUGCUACCUCUUCCCGCGCAGUGCGCUCCGGCCUGCGCACCCAGACCCCCAAGUCUGUCUUCCAAAACCAAUUCCAGAGCUCCCCUGCCUUCAGGAUACGAGCCGCGCAACCCGCCAUUGCGAGAUGGUACAGCGAUGCCAAGGAGACCCCCGAGGCCCCCAAGGAAGGCGAGAAGCCCGCUGAUGAUGCCGAGUCUGCUCUGAAGAAGCAGCUGGAGACCAAGGAGAAGGAGGCUGCCGACUGGAAGGACAAGUGCUUGCGCACCAUCGCCGACUUCCGCAACCUCCAGGACCGCACACAGCGCGAGGUCAAGCAGGCGCGCGACUUCGCCCUGCAGAAGUUCUCCAAGGACCUCAUCGACAGCAUCGACAACCUCGACCGCGCCCUCUCCAUGGUGCCCCAGGAGAAACUCAAGGCCCCCGAGAAGACGGGCGACCUCCAGGACCUCGCCAACCUGUACGAGGGUCUCAAGAUGACCGACGACAUCCUCAUGUCGACUCUCAAGAAGCACGGCAUCGAACGCUUCAGCCCCGAGGGUGAGAAGUUCAACCCCAACGAGCACGACGCCACCUUCAUGGCGCCUCAGCCCGACAAGGAGGACAACACCGUCUUCCACGUCCAGCAGAAGGGCUUCAAGCUCAACGGCCGCGUGCUGCGUGCCGCCAAGGUCGGCGUCGUCAAGAACGCUUAAAGCAAUCUUCACGAGUAUCUCGACUCCAAACCGACCUCUCAAGAUAGAGGUCUUGUUCCAAAACCAUGGGGGCUGGCUGGCCGCCGCUGGAAGCGUCGGCGGCUUUUGCAGCACUCUCUGUAUUAUUAUGUUCUACGAUAUUUCUCGAUUCCCGGAACAGCGAACUGGGCGUUCCGGUUGGUGUAUAAUGCUCCUCUCAUGAUGUGACAAUAGCAUGGCGGAAAAAAAAUCCAAGGGGGCCGCGAAUGGAAGGCCUUUUUUGCUGGACGAAAAAAGAAGAAACGGAUAGAAUCUGGAUAUGUAUAUGUACAUAGGCCCCGAAAAGGGUUUUCGGGGUCUGAUGAUUCUUCUCAGAGUUCUGGUACAAUUUAAUCGCCGCCCAGGAGACUUGAAUCUCC